CGCCUCAUUUCCGGCGCGGCCGCGCGUCCCGGAUGCUCCAGGAGCGGCGCCCUGCGGGAGUGGAGGGCGCUCGCGGAUGAGGGGGCUGCCCCGCUAGGCGCCGCGCCAUGGCCGCCCCCUGGACGGGCGCGCUCCUGGUCCUUCUGGCGACCCAGGCCGCCUCCUGCGCCGACGGCCUUGCGGAGGAGGAGGAGGUCCCGGCGGAGUGGGUCCUGCUGCACGUCGUGCAAGGCCAGAUCGGCGCCGGCAACUACAGCUACCUGCGGCUGAACCACGAGGGGAAAAUCGUGCUGCAGAUGCGCAGCCUGCGCGGCGACGCGGACCUGUACGUGUCCGACAGCACGCUGCACCCCAGCUUCGACGACUACGCGCUGCAGGCCGUCACCUGCGGCCCCGACGUGGUGCUCGUCCCCGCGCACUUCCGGCGGCCUGUGGGCAUCGGCGUGUACGGGCACCCGUCCCACCGCGAGAGCGAGUUUGAGAUGAAGGUGUACCUCGACACGGCCGUGGAGCCGCCGCUGCCCGGCGCGGCCGCCCCCUCCGACGGCGCGGACGCGGGGCACGCGCGCGCUGACGCCCCGCAGGACGCGUCUCAGGAAGAGGAGUCUGUUCUGUGGACGAUAUUAAUUAGCAUUCUGAAAUUGGUCCUGGAAAUCCUUUUUUGAUUCAUUGAACAUAGUCUGGAGAAUGAGACCCUUAGUCUGUGAAGCUGACUGAGGUUCGCCGCGAACCUGGCUACUUUGACCUGGUUGGAGUUCUGGUUAACUUUUCUAGUCGGAGAUGGAAAAAUAAAGCCAUAGUUUUGUUACCUCAGUCACCGCAAAGUACGAAAAGCAGCAAGCACGGUGUUUUUACAGAUCAAAAGUCCUGUGAAAGGAAUAUGCACAAUACAAUGUUUAAACCCCAUUCUGGUAAGUUUGUCAGGUAGCAAAACAGGUUAUUACAGUGAGGUAGGCUUUUCCUCUAGUUAGUGUUUUCCUCUAGUUAGUGACGCUAAAUGCAGUUAUAUGGAAUGUCUGAGCUUUGAAGAGUUGCUAAAAGCAAGUCUGAAAUGUAGUGGUUUCUCCGUACUUGACUGAGCAUAGACAAGAGCCCCAAGCCUGCGCCCCUAGCGGGGACGGCUCCUCCUACCCACACAGGAUUUCUGGUGGGCAAGCCUGUUCCCCUGCCAGUUAACGGCAGUUCUAAACCCUCCCCUGCAUCACAUCUCAUCAGGCCAUUAGUAAUUUUACCAUCUUGGGCUCCUAUUAAAAUUAUUCCAUUAUUAGAUAACUUUGCUAUGCUACCCAUGGUAAGCCAGAAAGGACAAAGUAAUAGUAACUUUUAGGCUAAUGGAGAAACAGUUAAGCAUUUCAAAUUAAGUUGCAUAAUACUACCAUCAAAUUUCUGGAGAUAGCCAAAGUACUAAGAAUAAAGACUUUUUGGAGGAGGGAGCUAUGUUUCUACCUGGAACUGGUUUCAAAGGUAAGAGUAGCUUAUAAUAAAUAAUCAACUUGCAGAUUUUAAGCACAUAGUUAAUUUCAAAAAUCUUUUAUUGGCAUAAAAAUGAGAACUGUAAAUAAAUUGGCACCAAAUAUCUCAUUUAAGUGCGUAUUACAGUACUGGGUCAAAUUACUAUCCCUCUUUGCUGUUUUUCCCCCUUCUGCCCACCUUCCUGGGUGUUGGGGGAGCUCGCUGACAACAGUCACAAAUCCAGCGACCUAGGAGAAAAAUUGUUAAUUAAUACAGAAUGAAAUUUAACUUUUUAGGGCUGAACUUUAAACCCAUUUAGCUGUCUGUCCUUAGCUAUGGCUAAUGAUAAUCCUCGGUGGCUACGUGGUGGGACGGGCACUAAGGAGCUCCUUCAUUUAGGGAAAACAAUAUAAACUUCCCUUUCAGUAGUCAGUGUCAUCAGCGCCCUGUGGACACACAGGAGAGGUCACGGGAGGGGCAGAAUAGCCACAGGGACCUUCAAAAAACUGUCACGGUCCUUUCUGGAAUUCAAACACUAUCAUACUUUAAAAGUUCAGUCAUACAAAUCCUAACAUAAAACCUGUUACUGCGUCUGGCUCAUUUUCAGCCUUUUCCUCUGUUGCUCACUGGCAGCUGUGUGUCGGCACCCUCUCAAGUCCUGGGGUGCUGUGCUGACAGCACUUAAAGCUGAUCGAGCAUCUGACCGCAGUGACACGGUGUAUGACACACCUGGUCUGAACCACUACAGAACUCUGGAUGACUGGCGUUGCUCGCAUCUCAGUGAUUCCUAGGAAACCCAGUUCUAAGCAUAUAUUUUAUAAAGUACUAUACAGUGUUAACUAUGCAAAUAAGUUCUAAAAUUACACAGUUACGUGUGUAAUGUUUCAGUCCAAUUACUGUGAUUUACUAUUUGUGUGUUUAUUCUGAAGUUACCUGGAAUUGUCAUACUGCCUCAGUUUACAGAAAUCUGGUUUAAUGUGUAUAAAUGCAUAGCAGUCAUUCUGUUAAGUUUCUAAAUGAUGUAUACAAAUAAAAUCAAGGUAUGAAACAGA